CUGUGCGUGCCUGGGGCGGGGCCAGACGGGUCAGGCGCUCUGACCGCUCUGCUGCGCGCCGGAAGUAGCCUGGGCCGCUGGGCAGAGGCGAGGCGGCUGGACAGUUGGGCGGUUGUCAGCAUGCCGGUCGUCCGGAAGAUUUUCCGUCGCCGCCGGGGCGACUCGGAGUCAGAGGAAGAUGAGCAGGACUCAGAGGAGGUUCGAUUAAAACUGGAAGAGACCAGGGAGGUACAGAACUUGAGGAAGAGGCCCAACGGGGUGAGUGCUGUGGCCCUGCUGGUGGGAGAGAAGGUACAAGAGGAGACAACUCUAGUGGAUGAUCCCUUUCAGAUGAAGACAGGUGGUAUGGUGGAUAUGAAGAAACUGAAGGAAAGGGGCAAAGAUAAGAUCAGUGAAGAGGAGGACCUGCACCUGGGGACAUCGUUUUCUGCAGAAACCAACAGACGGGAUGAGGAUGCAGACAUGAUGAAGUACAUUGAGACAGAGCUAAAGAAGAGGAAAGGGAUCGUGGAACAUGAGGAACAGAAAGUUAAGCCAAAGAAUGCAGAGGACUGUCUUUAUGAACUUCCCGAAAACAUCCGUGUUUCCUCAGCAAAGAAGACCGAGGAAAUGCUUUCCAACCAGAUGCUGAGUGGCAUUCCUGAGGUGGACCUGGGCAUCGAGUAUGUUUGAGACCCAUAGGCAGAAGACACAGUGCUUUCCAGUU